AUGAGUCAGAAUUCUGAUGCCCGCACAUAUAUUGAUGCCUCAACUCUCUCCCCAUUGCUGAUAAUCGUCUUUAUUCAUCCCAGUGAGCUGCCGCCACUUAUACCAGCUGUGGAGGCACCCAUUUAUAAACAGCCGAAGGCCGUGAUUGGUACGGGACGCGUUCGUCGGUGGAAAUGGGUGCCAUUCAAGAAUUCAGCACGGGAGGAUGGACUUGUUCUCUAUCACUGGCGACGAGAGGAUUCUGAUCUGAACGAGGACUACCAUUUCGCGCGUUUGAAUAAGCACGUGGAGGUGCCCGAAUUCAGUGAGGCUGACUACUUGGCGUACCUGAAGGACUCGAAGUGGACCCUGGAACAGACCAAUCAUCUGAUGGACUUGGCUCGUCAGUUUGAUGUGCGGUUCAUCCACAUGCAUGAUCGAUGGGACGCCGAGCGGUUUCCACCGAGGCCGUCUGUUGAGGAGCUGAAAGCCCGCUACUACGGCAUCCUUGGGGCGAUGGACAAGAUCCGCGGCACCAAUCUGUCCCAGGGCCUCCGAUACGACCUCGACCAUGAGCGUCGGCGCAAGCAGCAGCUCAGCCUCCUCUACGGUCGCAGCCGCGACGAGGUGGAGGAAGAGGAGAGGCUCAUCUGCGAGCUCAACCGCAUCGAGGCCCGUCGAAAGGAUCGUGAGAAGAAGAAACAGGACCUCCAAAAACUCAUCUCACAGGCCGAAGCAGUUGUCCGCGACUCAAGCAGCGGGGUAUCGGAGGCGGCGGGCGACGAAUCAAAAGGCUUUCGUAGGUUAACUUCCGUCGCCUCCUCUGCCGCGUCCUCGGCUACCCCUGAACGCAAAAAGUCCACUCUGACCUCGCAAGGCUUUGUCGACGGGGCCGCGAGUGGCGCCAACUGUCGAUCUGCGGGAUCCAUUAGUGCUGGACUCGCGGCUGCUUCCUCCGCUGUCUCAGCUAGUUUGUCUGCUUCGACGACCAUCACUUUCCCCGAUCUCGCCAAAACCGCUGGUGUUUACUUGCACAGUCAAAAGUUCAAGUUUACUAUGGACUGGCAUUAUGUGCAAAUAACCCAGGGAUUUCGUAGAGAAGGCUCCAGUCUUCCUGCUUACAUCGUGGACGACGUGAGCACGCGUGUAUUCUCACCAGCCAAACCUCGACCGUCCCGUUCUCUGUCGGCCGGGUCUUCAGUGGGCGUCAAAUUGUCUUUCACCGCCCUCGAAAUGCCACGGUUUCCGCCGGGUAUCGACAAUUUCGAUGCAACAGGACUGCCGUUUGGUGUUCACCCGCCCCUUAUGAAGUUGCCGUCGUCCCUAGGUCAAAAGCGGAUUCGUGUCAUUGAGAACUUUUUGUCCCACUACCAGUUAGACCCAAGUCCGCCUGCGACCGGCGAGAUCGUAGAUGCGUACAACCGCUUGCGCGGAAACAUCCUCCUUCUCUACGACCUGCGUGGAGCGAUGCUGCAAUGCGACUACGAGCUGCAGGCAGCCAGAGCUCGGAUGGAACUGUUUGCUGCGGACAAGCAACUACCUCCAGGUCUUGCUAGCGCAGCCCCGAAUCCGGCGACCGCGAGCCUUCCCAGCGGUGCCUUGGGUGGUGGUGGCGGCGGCGGCGUCAUCCCUCCGGGUGUUGAUCCGAGCGUGGUUGCAGCCCUCAAGGCCGCCGAUUCGAAGCGCCCCGUGCCGCCGCGCCACUCGCUCGGCCACGCGGGCUCCCUCGCGGCAGCUGCGGGCAGCGCUCAGCGGACACCCUCAGCCCUCCUGCCGCCGCCGCCUCAGUCCCCCCUCAUCGGCUCGGGGAGUUCGCCCGCCUCCUCUUCGUCCCUUGGUGGGGGCUCCCCGGCCUACUUCUUCGGCCAACCGCCCUCCGUCGUCUCCACCGAGCAGCGCAGAAAACGCGCUGCCGCCGCUGAACAAGGCCGAGUUAUGAAGAAACUGAAGGCCAAAGGACAUCUGCUCGAGUGA